GUGGCUGAGAGUCACACGGAGUGUAAACUCUUGUUCUGAGGACAGGAAACUGGCCACCAAACAGCUGGAGUGAUGGGAAAGGAGACUGGAUUUGCCCUUGCUUAUUUUUCUGCGUGGAAAUAUUUGUUCCUUUAAGAAAAACUUUCUCACAUUUUUGAAACAUCGAACUUGUAGCACUGAAUGUGAAAUUGGGAGCCGCUAUUUUUGUUGGAUGUGGUAAGAAUUUCCAAGAGAGACGUAAAUGAAUAUUUAAUGGGCUAAGUGAUAAAAGAUUGAAACGAUCUGUGACACUGGGGAUCGGUGCUAUGAAAUAUGUAUUUGAAUUGGCCAAAUGCUUGUGACCCUGUGACCCACUAAGGCACACCUUCCCCUUCUUCAGUUUUCUCUCCGUUUAUCAGUUUGUAACAGCAGUAAGCACGAAUAUUUUAUUUAUCUAAAAACGUAGGCUAAUAAUACAAUUGUCCAUUGUUUAAUUAUCAGUCCUAGACUUUUUUGCGUCAAAUUAGUGUUAGAUAACAUUUCUGGGUGUUCAUUUUCACCCUUGCCUCUCCUCGUGAGGGGCGCCAGCUGACACGGUUAUAAUUUCCCCAUUUAUUAUCAAGCCAGUAAAAAGAACAAAGCUCUCCACCCCGCUAUGCAUGUGUGGUGGUGCGGUAUUUGCAAUUUGUUUGUUUAAAAGGGCGUGGGGGGCUCCUACAGUAAUAUCUCUCUAUUUCUUUCCGCUCUUUCUUCUUUUUAAAAAAAAAAAAGUUCAUUACCAUCAUCAGAGACGCGUCGUAGGGGUUAAUUUAGCGCCGAGUUGGGGAGCGUCCGGGCGCACACAGUGGGCUAGUUGUGUCGAUCACUCCCGCAGAGGCGAUGCCCUUUUGUGGAGAGGUCUCUUGUCACACAGAGGACAGACGGCAUUCACAGUCGGGACACAGGGACACAAAGAGAAGAACUGCAUUUUAAAAGACUCUAUUCUUUCCCCGCAGCCGAUGGGUGUUGACUGUGGGUGUUUCAGAGGAUCUUUGUUGCCCGGAGAAAAGUAGAGAAGAAGAAUACGCGCCGUGAACGGGUUGGGGGAAUUUUAUGGACAGGGUUACUACAGUGCAGCUGAUGCUGUCAUCUACUCCACCUCUGCCUGCUUUCCCGCAGUUGCUAAUCUUGUUUUGGAUGAGGAGCGGAACUUUUACGCAGUGUUUACGCACUGACUGUUCCGAGUCUGGAAUGAACAGGAACUGUUCACAAUGAACUUUUUUGCCUGCUCGGUACCUGCGGGACAGCGGUUUGAGCCCGAUUAUUAACUCCAAGAAGAAGUCAUUUUGUGGAUAUCUGCUUAAAGGAUGCCAGUUGAUAAAUUCACAAACAUGGAGGAAAAACUGUGGAUAUUAGAGGAUCUCAAUAUGAUGUACAUCCGCCAGAUUGCACUCAGUUUACAGGACAGCGACAUCCAGAAGAAGAUUGACCAUGAGAUCCGGAUGCGUGAUGGGGCCUGCAAGCUGCUGGCUGCCUGCUCCCAGAGAGACCAGGCGCUGGAGGCAGCCAAGAGCCUGCAGACCUGCAGCACCCGUAUCAUGGCCUACAUGUCGGAGCUGCAGAGGAUGAAGGAAGCUCAGGUCAUGCAGAAGGUCACGCGAAGGUCGUCGGAUGCAGGACCAAUGGACGACAGACUCCCAUGCAAAGGAAAAGUGGCCAUCUCAGAUCUUCGUAUCCCUCUCAUGUGGAAAGACACAGAGUACUUCAAGAACAAAGGAGAGCUUCAUCGGUGUGCGGUGUUCUGCCUGCUCCAGCUGGGAGGAGAGAUCUUUGACACAGACAUGGUGAUAGUGGACCGGACUCUCACUGAUAUUUGCUUUGACAACGCCAUUGUUUUUAGCGAAGCCAGCCCGGGUUUUGAGCUCCGUGUCGAGCUGUACAGCUGCUGCUCAGAGGACGACUACUCAGCAGGGAGCACACCAAGGAAACUAGCCAGUAAACUGAGCUCCUCUCUGGGCCGAUCAGCUGGGAAGAAGCUCCGUGCAGCCAUGGAGCCUGGACCAUGCAGUCCUGUCAGCAACGGAGGGGCAGCUCCUCUCCUGCUGCCAGUUCCCUCUGUACCAGGCCCUAAGUACCACCUCUUAGCUCAUACCACCCUGUCACUGUCACACGUCCAGGACAGCUUUCGCACACAUGACCUCACCAUCUCAGGCAACGAAGAGUGUUCGUACUGGCUGCCACUCUACGGCAGUAUGUGUUGCCGCCUCGCAGCUCAGCCUCACUGCAUGACCCAACAGAUGAUGAGUGGAUGUUUGAAAGUUAAGCAGUGUGGAGGUGACCCUCAGAGUUGGACAAAAGUGUACGCCGUUCUGAAAGGAACAAGCCUUUUCUGCUACCACCGGCAAGAAGACGUGGAGGCCAACGUCGAACCAGCUUUCACUAUUGCUAUCAACAAGGAGACCAGAAUACGCGCGUCGGAGAAAGACCCUCAGAGUAAAGUUCAGAAUAUCUGUAUAAGUAACCAGUACGGAGGUGAGGAGGUCACGCACACUCUGACCACAGACAGCCGCGAGGACACACAUCGGUGGAUGGAGGCCUUUUGGCAACAUUUCUAUGAUAUGAGCCAGUGGAAGCAAUGCUGUGAUGACUUAAUGAAAAUUGAACUGCCAUCACCGAGGAAACCGGCUCCUGUCACACCAAAACAGGGCUCUCUUUACCACGAAAUGGUUAUUGAGUCAUCUGAUGACCUCAGCACUACUGUGUCAGACAUCCUGGCUCGGAGGUUGCAGGAGCUGGAGCUCCGCAGCCAGCUGGGCACCUCUCCCACCUGGAUGUCUGUGUUUGAGGAGAACAACCCCAAAAGCGCUGGCCGCCCUCGUCCCUGUACUUCUCGUCUGUCUGGCCACAGCCCCUGCACCCCUCAUCGCCUGACCCAGAGCCCUGUGAGCCCUCACCGCUGCCCGCAGCUGGGUCUGCUGUCCUCUGAUGCAAGUCUGACGUCAGACAGCGACAGCCACUGCAGCACCAGUCCCUGUUCUCACCACCAUGGCUGGCCCGAGCCUUCGUCAAACCUCUCUCUCUCGUCAUCUUCCCCCUCCCGUCUGAGGCCACGCACGCUGUCGCUGGAUGCGAAGCUCAGCACCCUUCGAGGGAGGGGAUACGGAGGAGGAGGGACCUUCCAGGGCCCCUGCCAGCCUCCUCCCUCCUCGCUGCUCACCCCAAUCGCUGUCUCCUCUCGUUCGCCUCAAUCGCAGCGAAGCACACAGACCACACUCUCUUGCUCCAGCUCCACCUCCAGCAACAGCUCCAGCAACAGUGAGGGCAGCCACAGCCCUGAGUCAUCUGAGGGAGCCCCCUUCUCGAGGCCUUCCCCAGCUCGACGAAGCCUCAGGAACCUCAGGGCCAGACUUGAUCCUCGCAACUGGCUCCAGAGUCAGGUGUGAACUUGUUUCCUGGCAGACAUUUUAUGCUGACCUAAAGGCAAUAGUGCUCAUGAAACCAUGGUUUAACUGGCUUAACACAUGUGAACCCACCUCAGGCUAUCUGCUAGGCCAUAUGCGCAGUUCUGAGAAGGAUGAGCUGCCUUUAGCCUGUCUUCUGGUGGAGGGUGGAUCAUGGAAGACCCUGCUGGGGCAAACUGGAAUGUCUUCUAACACAAAAGACAGGUGACAAUCACUGCGGGCGACUCUGCACUUUGCCGGGUUGCCACAAUUUUGAAGAUGGUCCAAAACUAAAUGGGAGGUACUCUGCUUGCUUUGAGAAAUUAUGAUCUAAUGCUAAGUGAUGCUAAGAGCUAAGGACUUGAUCUGAUAAACAUGCCACACUAGGCCUACUACUCUGUCUUUGGAAUCUAAUUCUGAAACUGGAAAAGGUUUUGUUUUGUCCUCUGCAUCAGCCGUCCUGGCCACUCAAACAUUGUCUCAAGGUCAUCUCUGUUAAUGCACUAGCAGUGUUUUGACUGGGUGAUUCUUAUCUGUAUUUUAUAAAGAAAGGUUUGCAGUGUUUAUGCUAUGAAAGCCAGGAAGCAUGCGGCAAAAUGAACUUGGAAAAUGAACAUAAGGUAUAAAUCAGUCAAGAGUUUUCACAUGUAAACUGUCGAGUGUGGAGGGAAGGUUGAUGUUUGUUGCCUGUACUGUGAUAUCUACUUCAGUGUACUUUUCUAAUCAUUCACACAACAGAUGAUCUUUGUGGUUCUCCUAAAAUUACUAUGCACCAUUUUGUUUUUGUUUAGUUUUUUUUGUUGUUGUUUUUUUUUUUUUUUUGCAUGAUUACACUUACAGUUAAAAUGUUGAACUACUUGAGAUCAUUUCAACAAUGAAUCUGGUGAAAGCUUAACUUAAUGCAAGUGCUCAUACUUACUGUACUGGUUAUUACUGUGAUCUCUUCAGGGUAAAAAUCUGUUCUCUGGUCUUUACUUUCACACAUUUAUCUGCACACUUUGAGGGGCUGGGGACAGAACUGAGUAAAAGGUCCUUACAUACAUAGAGCAAACCCUAGAAUAAACUGAAAUUAACCAAAGCUAUUAAAAGUGUUAUUGAAAACCCAAGCCAUACUUAUAAUUCUGCUACACUGCCUAGCGGCAGUAUUGUAGGAGUUCAUUGAAUAGUGAUUCCUGCUUAUGAAAAAUCCAAUUAAAUGUGAAACGUCCACUUAGCUAUUAUUAUGCAACACAGAAAGAAAUCUUAGAAAUUAUUUUAUGGUGGCUGUAUUUUAGAAAACUAUCUGUGAAACAGAAUACUUACAUAAAACAAAGUCAGCUGUUAGGUUGUGAUAGUAAGAACAAAAUUUAAAUGGCUUGUUUACACUGCCACCUGUUUUUUUUGUUGUUUUUUUUGUUUUUUUCAAUUAUGUAAGCUGUUGUCAUUUAGACAACUCACAGCAGUUACUUCUUAUCACAAGAAAACAGAAUGAAUCUAGGGGAGUCGGUGUCUCGGUGCAGUACAGCCUCUUCUUCUCUGUCUCUGUUGUUUACUGUGGACUUUGGUAACAGUUUCCCUCUCUGGGCUCAGAACUCGGGCAACCAUUUUUACUAAGAUUAAAAACUGUCAAAUGCUUGAAAAACAGCAUUUGUUACUGUAAAUUAAUUUUUAUAAGUUAACAAAUAAACCUCCUCUCUUAGUCUUUUGUUACAUUAUUGAUUUUGUUAUAAAUGCAGCUAUAUUGAUACCUGAUUAUCAUGUUAACAGAUGAUGUGCAGAUCUUUAACUGUUAUGAAUAGAUAACAUUGAAUGUUAUAACCUUGCAAGAGUUUCCCUUGUUAGCAGGCUUUGUGUUCUGCACGUAUGCCGUCCUAGAAGGCGAACAUAAAACGAGAAAUGUGGAAAUCUCAUGUUUAAAUAAUAUAACAUUAAAUAUAAUAAAUGUUUUAUCAACUCACAA